AUGGACAGAAAACAGGCUUGGGCUGACAUUUUGGAUUCAGCUAAGGCUUGCUUAAAUUCUCCUUGGAUUGUGUUGGGUGAUUUUAAUUCCAUUCGGAACUCGGCUGAAAAGUUUGGUGGUAAUAACAUAGAGAACUCUUAUAGUGAGAAUUUAAGCAACAUGUGCAGAGAGGCAAAUUUGGAGGAUCUCCGGUUCAGUGGCAAUUUCUUUUCUUGGAGUAAUAUGAGCAGUGCAACUAGAAGAAUUUGUUGUAAGCUCAAUAGAGCCCUUGUGAAUGAUGCUUGGUUGUUGCAAAUGCUUUUUUUGACGAACCUUUAUUCUUGGAUCACUUCCUUUGUAUUGUCUCUAGUGGGGAAAUUGAGGUACCUCAGACAACUCCCUUUAAGUUUUUUGAACUUUUGGGCUAAUCAUGAGGGGUUUUUGCCUAUGAUUGAGGAGGUGUGGAUGACAGAUAUUGUUGGUUGCUUUAUGUUUAGGUUACUUUCCAAACUAAAGAAACUCAAAGUGGAGUUGAGAAAUCUCAAUAAAAGGGAAUUUUGGAACAUCUCAGAAAGGGUCAAGGAGGCUAGAGUUGAGCUAUCUUGUACUCAAGUUUUGUUAAAUAGAGAUAGGAGCAAUGAUGCUUUGAGGACUAUGGAAAAAGAUCAAAUUGGUAAGCUUAUUUUCCUAAGCAAAGCGGCGGAGAGCCUUGCGAAGCAAAAGUCUAGAGUUAAUUGGCUUAAGAAGGGUGAUAACAACUCCAACUCAGACGGAGUGAAUCGUCUGACAGUAGGGGAGGAAGUGGUCCUUGUUGAAGAGGUGUUUAUAGGAUCUUUGUUACCUGAAAACAUGGGCAUGCUUGGUUCCAGGGAACUCUUUCUUGCUCCUUGUGAGAUUGAUACAAAGCGAGAAUCAUGUUUCUGUGCCUUGCUUUUCAAAAUUCGAGCUAAUCCUAUUGCAUCACUUAAAGAGGUGGGUCUUUAA